AGUCGUCUAAUCGCCCCACUACCGUGUGAACCCAUGCAACCUCCAUACCCAAAUUGGUAUAAACCAGACCAGCACUGUGAAUACCACUCCGGAGUGGCGGGACAUUCGACCGAAGAUUGUAGAAGACUGAAGGUCAAGGUACAAAAAAUAGUGAAUGUCGGAUUGUUAAAAUUCGAAGAACAACCAGGUCGACCAAAUAUCAACAGUAAUCUGUUACCAAGCCAUGGGGGCAUGGAGUGAAUGCUAUCGAGAAUUGCGAGGAACAUGUAGUCCGAAAGAAGGUGUCAGAAAUAAAGACCCCUCUGGAAUUCAUCUAUAAAAUCCUCUCCCAGAAUGGUUAUCUUGAGAUUCCUGAAGGAGGCAUUACUAUCCCAGGUCAAGAGAGUAUGUGUCCUUAUCAUGCAGAGUCUGACGGACACUCUAUCCAACAUUUUGGUCAAUUCAAAGCCAAGUUGCAACAGCUCAUGGAUGCCAAAAUAAUCUCAAUCCGUACCAUUGGCAAAGAUAGAAACGAAAUCGAUAUGGUGUCGUCACAAAAUGAGGGUUCAAAAACGCCCAAGAAAGUGGUUUGCUACCAGAAUGAGGCAAAGAUCCAGAGUUCACCAACCGCAAACGUUGCCCCGUUAAUCAUAAAAACCUCAGGGCCAUUCAAAUAUGAGGAUCCAAAAGCAGUUCCUUGGGUUUACACUUGUCAACUGAACCAAGAGGUUUCAACUCCGCCAUACGAAGCAGCAAAUAUAACUGGGAUAGGAGGAAUAACAAGAUCAGGCAGACAUUAUGUUCCAGAAGAUGUGGAGAAGCGCAGAAUUGAGGAGUUAACCAAAAGGCAGGAAAUUAAGCGCGGGAAGCAAAAAGUAAUGGAGGCCUUGAAUCCUGAGAUUGCCGAAGAAAGUGAGGACAUACUAAAGAUGAAAGAGCCAGAAGAAUAUGAGCCCCAAGUCUCUGAUGAAGAUGCAUGUGAAUUCCUAAAGUUGAUCAAACAAAGUGAAUUCAAAGUAGUGGAACAACUAAACCGCAUGCCUGCUCGGAUUUCUCUUUUAUCUUUAAUUCUUACCUCAGAACCUCACCGAAAAGCUCUCAUGAAAGUUUUGAACCAAGCCCACGUCUGCCAUAAUGUAUCCAUUGAUAAGUGGGAUGGGAUCGUAGGAGCGGUCCUGACUAAUGUCAAGAUUUCAUUUAAUGAAGAUGAGAUCCCCGCCGAAGGAACAGGCCAUACAAAAGCUUUGCAUAUUUCCCUAAAAUGCAAAGGACACAUGAUAGCUCGUGCACUUAUCGAUAAUGGGUCAGCCUUAAAUGUGAUGCCAAAGUCAACUCUCAAUCAGCUUCCUAUUGACGAGUCAUACAUCAAACCUAGCUUCAUUGUAGUUCGAGCUUUUGAUGGAACUAAACGAAAAGUGAUUGGUGAGAUUGAACUUCCGAUCCAGAUUGGACCAACAGUGUUUAACAUUGUGUUUCAAGUGAUGGACAUCAACCCAUCAUAUAGCCUUCUGCUAGGGCGCCCAUGGAUCCAUUCAGCUGGGGCAGUGCCAUCUUCAUUACACCAGAAAGUGAAGUUCGUUGUUGAUGGUAAUCUGAUAGAGGUUUUCGGAAAGGAGGACAUACUGGUAACCAAGACCCCAGAUGCUCCUUAUAUUGAGGCCGCCGAAGAAGCUAUCGAAAGUGCAUUCCAGUCACUCGAAAUUGAGGAUGUAACGUAUGUAGGGAGGGGAAGCAAACUGCGUAAACAAAUUUUCGUUGCAACAUCUAUCAUGGCCACCAAGUCAAUGAUCAAAUGGGUUGACAAGGAAAUGUGGACGACCUUAAUCAGGCCACCACUUAAAAUUAGGGAGAACAAGAACCGGUGUGGCUUGGGAUAUUCACCAAAUAAAGGAGACAUAAGAAGGAUUCAUGAAUAGAAACGAGUCAAGAGACUGGCUCAUCUUCAAGGGAGGAAUCUGGGUAACAAAAGGAUGGUAAUACCUCACAUAAGCAAGACGUUCAGAAGCGGGGGCAUCAUCAACAUGAAAACAAUUAGUGCCAAUAGGAUGGUAGGGGUACAUGAAAACCAUCAUAUGUCAGUUAUACUGGAGAACCUAUCAAUCAACAUGAUAGGAGCAGUCAACACGGGGAACAUCGAGCUGGUUCGUCCGAUGCUUCCGGAUGAAGAGCUGAACAAUUGGAGGAUCGUGGAAGUGACCUCGUUGGACGUUAGUCCUAUAAUAUCAGUUAAGCUUUUGCAAGAUGUAAUGACAAAUAAGUGCAUUUCUUAGCAUAUUCCCCUACUUUCAAUAAAAUACAAGCAUUUCGCAUUCAAGCCUUGCGUGUCUUCACUUUCUCAUUUCAUCACGUUACCCUCCAUUCAUUUAUUAUUUCGUUUCAUGCCAGGAUAUGUGAACAAUGUGAGAAUACUGAGGACCUUCAUGAUUUAACAGUCAAUUUUGACUUACCUAUUAAUCAAAUGGAAUCGGAUGGUGAAGAAGAUGUGCCUCCAGACUGGGAGUGGGUAGCCGAACAAGAUGAGAGAGUUUUGCAACCUCAAAAUGAAGCCAUUCAGGUGAUAAAUUUGGGAACAGAGGUAGAUAGAAAAGAGGUGAAGAUUGGAGACAGUUUGAACCAAGAGGUGAAAGACCGUCUCAUAAGCUUGUUAAAAGAUACCAAGAUGUGUUUGCGUGGUCCUACAAAGACAUGCGGGGAUUAGACGACAAAAUAGUGACGCAUCGUUUACCCCUGAGAGAGGGUUGCAAACCCAUCAAGCAAAAAUUACGAAGAAUGAAGGCAGAAUGGCUGCUAAAGGUCAAAGAAGAAGUUCAGAAACAGUAUAACACUGGGUUUUUACGAGUAGCCAUCUACCCUGAGUGGGUCUCCAACAUUGUGCCAGUCCCAAAGAAAAGUGGGAAAAUACGGGUUUGCGUAAACUACAGGGAUUUGAACCAUGCAAGUCCAAAAGAUGAUUUUCCACUACCGCACAUUGAUGUCUUGAUCGAUAACACGGCCAAUCAUGAACUAUUCUCAUUCAUGGAUGGGUUUUCGGGAUACAACCAAAUCAAGAUGUCUCCAGAAGACACGGAAAAGACAACUUUCGUUACACUGUGGGGAACAUUUUGCUACAUAGUGAUGCCUUUUGGGUUAAAAAACGCAGGGGCCACUUAUCAAAGAGCGAUGGUUGCCCUAUUUCACGACCUGAUGCACAAGGAAAUAGAAGUCUAUGUGGACGAUAUGAUAGCCAAAUCUCGAGCAAGAGAGGACCAUGUAGAGAUUCUAAGAAAGCUUUUCAAAAGAUUACGAAAGUAUCAGCUUCGGUUGAACCCAGAAAAAUUCACAUUCGGGAUUACUUCAGGAAAACUAUUGGGAUUCCUAGUAAGUCAAAAUGGAAUCGAAGUCGGCCUCGACAAAGUGAAAGCAAUCGUCGAAAUGCCACCCCCACAAACCCAGAAGGAAGUGAAAGGAUUCCUUGUGCGCUUAAACUAUAUCAGCUGAUUCAUCUCGCAGUUGACAUCGACGUGCGAGCCUAUCUUCAAAUUAUUAAGAAAAAAUCAACCAUGCGAAUGGGAUGAAGAUUGCCAGAAGGCGUUUAGUAAAAUCAAAGAUUACUU